AUGAAACAAGGUGGCCAUGGCUUCUCUGUGGAGCUCAUCCACAGUUAUUCUCCUCAAUCACCAAUGUAUAACCCGAACAUCACCGACUUCGACCUUUGGGUUUUCAUCAAUUACCAAAGCGAUAUCCGUAUCAAGUACUUCGAGACCAAAACUAAAAGAAACCUGACAUCAUCUUCGUUGAAGCCAACCAUAACAAUGAGAUCACCGGUAUCUUAUGUUGGGUAUCAAUAUUUGAUAAUGUUUUCCAUUGGCACUCCUCAAGUGCAAGUGCAUGCAACUUUUGACACUGGAAGUAAACUUCUGUGGCUCCAAUGCCAGCCUUGCACUAAAUGUUAUAAGCAAAAGGAUCCCCUGUUUAAUCCCUCCAAAUCUAGCUCCUACAACUUGUUACCUUGUGAUUCCACCAUUUGUGACAAAAUUCCAGGGAGCGGUUGUUCUGCAUGGCAUGACACAUGUGAAUACAACAUAUGGUAUGCUGAUGGGUCUGUAAGCAAUGGCGACAUAGCAGAGGAUGACAUUACCUUUUUGACCACUGAAACUGACCCUGGCACCUUCAAAAUGCCAAAGACAGUCUUUGGUUGUGGUCAUUAUAAUAGAGGAACUUUCAAUGAGGCAACACAAGGGGUUAUAGGCAUGAGCAUGGGUCCCUCUUCUCUUCUUUCCCAGAUGUCCGGGUGGAUCAAAGGCCAGUUUUCAUAUUGCUUAGUUGAUAAUACAAACCCUUUUUCUAAGAGCCAAAUAUUGUUUGGUGACAGAGCUAUUUUGAUUGGGAACUCUACACCUUUGGCUGUGCCAACUGGGAAGGCUGAAUGGUAUUAUCUUAGCCUUCUUGAUAUUAGUGUUGGUACUAUAAAGCUUAAUAUUCCUCCAGGAACUUUCCAACGUGAUGUUCAUGGUGAAGGUGGUUUGAUUCUUGACACAGGAACACCACUUACUCGCUUAGAGAGAACAGGGUAUGAAAUUUUGGAGAAGAAGGUGAGAAAAAUGGCAGAUUUGAAGGUAGCGCCAAUUCAAGGUCUACGCACACUCUGCUUCUUUGGAAGCAAGUCUGAUUUGGAUGCAGGGAAGUUACCAUCAUUAACAUUCCAUUUCCAAGGCCUUGAUCUUUAUUUGAGUCCUUACAGUGUUUACCAAGUUCUUAGUAACCGUUACAUUUGCAUGUCAGCUUUACCCUCUGAUUCAUUGUCUAUCUUUGGCAGCCUCUUCCAACGGAACCUCAAUAUAGGAUUUGACCUCUACCAAAAUAGAAUUUUCAUGUAUGAAACUAAUUCUUGUGCAAUUGCUCCGUUAUUAUCACAGAACAAAGUGAUUGGAGACUUUAUAGUAGGAACAACGCCCAACUCUUGGAUAAACUUCUUGAUCCAUACUGCUUCUUUUGCUGCUUCAGAGGCUGCAACAUACUCUGCUUCAGUUGUGGAAUCGGCUACAAUUGCCUUGCUGGGUUAUCAAGAAAUUGGAUUGCAUUCGGCGUGA